CUAAAUUGUAUAAGGAGAAAACAUAUAAAUUUCAUUGGUGAAAUUGCUUUGCAGAAUCCCUUAUCCACUCUGCAAUAACCACAAAGUGUGAUGAACAUGAAUCAAAUGGCUUCUUUAACUUGUUCAUCAUCUUCAUCCUUCUCAACAAAGCUUCCUCUUCAUUCUUCAACACCUCUAAAAAGAAGAAGAAGAAGAAGCAACCACGAUUUUCUAAGAAUGGUGACUCGUUCCUGUCUCGAUGACAGUUCCGCACUUCUCCGAGCAGCUCAAUACACUGUAUGCCUACGAAACUUGAAUUCCCAGUUCUGCAGCUUUCAAAGUUUGCAACUUUGCAAUUUACUCUCUGUGAUCAAUGUAGACACAUAUGUGAAAAGUGGAAUGGUUGUAGGAUUGGGGUCUGGUCAUGCUUCUGGUAUGGCAAUUCAGCAUUUGGGUCGCCAGCUUCGUACCGGUAAUUUGAAGGACAUAGUAGGGAUUCCCAUGUCUGUUGCAAGUGCAAGCGAGGCAGCAAAGUCUGGGAUACCAUUGGAUACCUACCAAGACAGUACUCAAAUUGAUUUUGCCUUUGAUGAUGCUGAUGCUAUAGAAGAAGGGACACUUGUUGCUAUCAUUGGGCGCCGAAAACUGCAAAGUGAGGAAUCCAUAGUGCAGGAGAAGUCCAUACUGUAUGCCGCCAAUAAACUUGUGUUCAUUAUCGAAGAAAACCAGUACAAAGGUGGACUGGAAGGUUCUAUUCCAGUUUUAAUUCAGUCUCCUACCUGGCUGGCAACCGCCGAAGAGAUUGAUGAUAUAUUUCUGGGCGAUGCGGAGGUUUGGAGAAGACCGGCAAUAGGACAAGCAGGUCCAUUAGGAGGUGACUUCCCCCUAGUCACCAAAGAAGGAUGUAAUGUUCUUGAUCUUAUAUUUACUUCUCCAAUUGCAAGCCUUGCUGAAGUAGCAAAACGCCUUGAUACUGUGGAUGGUGUUGUCGACCAUGGGGUCGUAUCUAAAAUCCCAUGUACAGUGGUAAUUGCUUCUCCAAAUGGGAUGAAAAUUUUGGACAAAUUGACCGCAGAUAUAGUGGGAUAGGCUACACUUGUUAUAGUUAUUUAAUAUUUAUAUAUACUUCUGCCUUGAGGUUUUGAAUGUAAAUGUGGUUAUAGUUGUUCUUGAAGCCUCUUUUCUUCCCUUUAUUUAUUCAUUUAUUUUCGUCCUCCCUCCCAAAUAUUUGUUAUAUAAGAUGUAUGUUUUUGUAAAGAUUAUGACAUGAUUGUGAACUGUAGGAUACUAGCAUUAUUACUAUGUAGAACUAUUGUAUUA